GCGCGGCGCGGGGCGGGGCGGGCGCUCCAAGGGCACGCGGCCAUGGCGGCCGUGGCGGCGGCGCGGGGCGGGCUCGGCCUGCGCGGGGCUCUGCUGGCGCAGCAGCAGCGCUGGAGCUCGAGCUCGGGCGCCGACCAGCUCGGCGAGCUGGGUAAAGGCGCCGGGAAGGGCGGCGGUGGCGGCGGCUCCAUCCGCGAGGCCGGCGGCGCGUUCGGGAAGAAGCAGGCGGCUGAGGAGGAGCGGUACUUCAGGGAGAAGGAACGAGAGCAGCUCUCUGCCUUACGGAAACACCACGAGGAAGAGAUCCAUCACCACCAGAAAGAGAUUGAGCGGCUGCAAAAAGAAAUUGAGCGCCAUAAGCAUAAGAUCAAGCAGCUUAAAGAUGACUAAGCUGGUGCUGUUGUUGAAUGUGCAUGGCCAAUACUGAAUGUGGUGUAAAAACAGCGUUGGAGACUGUAUAUUUUGAUCCGCAUAAUCUAAACCCAUCCAAUUAUACUGUGGUCUGCAACAUUGUCAAAUAAACUACUCAGUCUCA